AUGGUUUUUUGUUUUUUGUUUUUCGUAUUUCGUUUUUGGCUCCAACUAACUCCCGCUACACAGACUAAUUCCGAUUUCCCCGGCGGCGCAGUCAUUACCACCGACGCCAGCUUGGCUGGCACUCAGGUCGUCGUCUCCACGACGAUCACAACGCCGGAUGACACGGGAUUCACGCCGAUCACGACCGCCAGCAGCUUGGCUGGAACCCAGGUCAUCGUCACCACGGCGCCCGACGGAGUUAUCUCGACCGUGUCGCAGCAGGAAAGCGCCACAUCCACGACCGAUGUGGGGUCCGCGGCUUCCAUGAUGACCACCAUGACCACUUCUCCCGAAGCUCCAGGAACUACUCCACAAACCACUUCUCCCGAAGCUCCAGGAACUACAACUCCAGAAACUACAACUCCAGAAACCACUUCUCCCGUUACUGCUCCACAAACCACUUCUCCCGUUACUACUCCAGAAACCACAACCCCCACUACUCCAGAAACCACAACCCCCACUACUCCAGAAACCACAACCCCCACUACUCCAGAAACCACAACCCCCACUACUCCAGAAACGAUUACAACCCCCACUACUACUCCACAAGCUACCACAACUACAAAUGCAGGAUCGGCGGCUUCCCAAAUGACAACAACUACCCCCACCACUACCCCCACCACUACCCCCACCACUACCCCCACCACUACUCCCACCACUACUCCCACUACUAACCCUGUCCCGGAGACCACCUCUGCUACAUCCCGUCAAACCACAUCUGCCGUCACCACUUCUCAAGCCCCACAAACCACCUCUCCCACUACCUCCCCUACCUCCCCACCCGGUUCCUCCUUGUCGUCCUCGUCAUACUCAUCUCCCCCAUCUUCGUCCUCUUCCACUUCUACAGUCCCAGGCCAAGAAUCUACGUUUACAACUUCGACCACCCUUUUCACCAAUACCAUCCCAGUGCCGGUUAGUACCAUUCUAAGCAACGAAGUGUCUUCCACCCCAGUCACUACCACCUUAGGAAACUCUCCAAUUUACACAACCGUGAUAAUUCCAGAUUCAACAACCUCCAUUCCUAUCCUGACGGUUAGUACUCAAUUUUUGACCACUCCAACUACCGUGGAAUGCUCAACCGUAAGGACCUCAUCACCAGUGGUUCAAACUCAAGAAACUGUCAUUUACUCCACCAUUAAAGCGCCUACUGCAACCGUCGCCAAUUCCCAACAAACGGUUACCGAAAGCGUCACCGACACUACUGUUUAUACUGUCACGUUCCCAACAAUUGUUACCACCUCAAAACCAGUGGCUAUUACGUCAUACACCACAGUUUCGGGUACCACUGAAAUCGUAUCCCCCAUCAUAACCACUACUUUUGUCACAUUCACUACUAGUACUGAAAUCACAUCAGUUGCGCUUGUGACAGUCGGAGUCACCACCUCUACUGUUUACACUUCGACGCUAACCGCUGCCGUAACUAGUGUUACUGCAACAGCCGGUAACACUCCAGCUGUGACAACCUCUACAGGAUACACUACCUAUGUGGUCACACAACCAGAUUCAACUUAUACAAUUACCCACCCAAGCAACAUAGAAACUACUUUCCAAACUGCCGUGCCUACUACCAUCACCAGCGAGUAUUUGACCACUCUCACAAACAUACAAUUGGCAACCUCCACUUUAAGUCCCAGCGUACUUUACUCCAAUAGCUCUGAAUCUCAAACUUUGGUUGUGUAUGAAGCAGUUACGUUGGUCACACUUGAAAAAACAACCUUCACAUCUGAUGUGGCAGCUUUGACAACUUCAACCUUUGAAUCUAAUUCUUUGGAGACUGUGACAGUCACCGGACAACUAGUAACUCACGUUGCGCCAAUCAACCCGGCAACCAUCACCUUGAACAAACGUUGUGCCGAGUGCCAAGAAUUACCACGUACUGUUUAUGAAACUGUCAUUUAUGAAGACAUAAUUUCAUGCUCUGCUUACACUACCACCAGUGUCGUGUAUGCACCAACUGUUGUGGUAGCAUGUGAUACGCAAACUAGUUAUUCUACAAUGACGACUGACUAUGUUAUGGUACAUGCCACAGAAUACACAACUUUGAGUACCUACACUACACAAGGAUAUGGUACCUCGUUUAGCACCAGUGUGUCCACUUAUUCUUCAACGCGGGUUUUGACAGGAACCACCUCUGAAGUCCUAAACAGCAUUAAUAUUACUCCUGUUUCAACAAGCACCGUGGUGGCCACAUCUUAUGUGCCUUCAACCCAAACUGUCGGCUGCAGCACCAUCACCGGGACUCCUUAUACUGCGAGCUUCUCUGUUCAAUACAGCGAUAGUGUCAUUCCAGGAACAUCGACAGUAUAUGUAGUUUCUUCCACUCCAUUUUAUUCUACUUCAUACGAGGAAACUGGUGGUAGCCACCCAGUUUCCACUGUUGUGUCAGAUAGCCUCUCCGUUUCUGCUUCCAGCACAAUUUCUGGUUCACAAGCAUCAAGCCCUAGUGCCAUUAUUGUGGCUCACAGCGGUGCUGGAUCAACCAAAUUGAACCAGGCGGCUUCAAUUUGGCAUAACAUACUGUUUGCAGUCAGUUUGAUAUUAGUCACCUCAAUUGCCAUCUAG